CGACAGCGAGAACCUCGCAAGAGACCAAAUGACGGAAGUGGCCAAGGAACAGUGAACACUGAAAAAAUGUCCAAGCGAAAAGCAAGCACUGAUGUAGCGGGAGAGAAGAUCCCUCGGAAACGGCAGAUCAUAGAAUCAGAUGAUGAUGAAAUGGACCAAAGUCAAGAUAUGGACUUAACCAGCCGAGCUGACUUUGAUAAAUCCUUGGGAGAAGCAGACAUUGGUAUUGUGGAGAAGGUUAACCUUCGAAACUUCAUGUGCCACCAGCGUCUAGAUAUAAGUUUAGGACCACAUGUCAAUUUCAUCAUGGGACGAAAUGGAAGUGGCAAAAGUGCAAUUAUCACUGCUCUGGUGGUAGGACUUGGUGGAAAAGCUAACAUCACCAGUAGGGGAAAUACUAUCAAAAGUUUUAUUAAAACUGGAAAACAGACAGCAGAAGUGAUGAUCAAAUUGAGGAAUCGAGGUCCGGACGCUUACAAACCAGAGGAGUAUGGCAAUUCCAUCAUUGUUGAACGCAAGUUUGCCAGAGACGGAGGGAGCCAUUAUAAACUGAAAUCUGAAGAUGGUCGACUGAUUUCCCAGAAGCGUGAAGAUCUGACAUACAUUCUGGACCAAUUUAACAUUCAAGUUGACAAUCCAGUAUCAAUCCUGAAUCAAGAGACAAGUAAAAACUUCCUCAACUCUAAAAGUCCACAUGAUAAGUAUAAGUUUUUUCUGAAGGCCACACAGCUGGAACAAAUGAAAAUGGACUACUCCAUGGCCAAUGAGCAAAAAGAAAUCACCCGAGAGAUUAUUGAAAAGAAAGAACAGUCACUGCCAAUACUGGAGAAGGAGGUUCUUGAUUGGGAACGAAAGUAUAAAUCUUUGACAGCUAUUAAAGAACUGCAGAACAAGAUCAAAGAGCUCAAGGACAGCAUGGCGUGGGCUUUCGUCAUGGAAAAAGAAAGGGGACUGCAACCUCUGACAAAGGAGCUUCAGCAGGAGGAAAGCAGACUGCCAAAAUUUGUACAGAAGGUGGAGGAGGCCAAGUCUAAGGUUGACAAGUGUGUCCAGCGUCAGAAGGACAUACAGGAGCAGUUGAAGACGAUGAGCGAUCAGGUACAAGAACUCCGGCCAACAUAUAAAUCUGCCAAGGAGGAGGUAUCUGAGAAGAAGAAGGUGACGAGAAAUACACAGAAUGACCUCAGGAAGGUUGAGAGUUAUUUACGGAAGGUACAAAGGGACAGGCAUCUCCUCCAGGAAAAAAUAAAGGAGAUACAGAAAAGUGCACAGCGUGAUUAUGAGUCAGAGAGGAAGAUGAGAGAAACAAAACUAAAACAGAAAGAAGAUGAGGUCAGUGCUUUGAAAGCACAACAAACUACAACAGAACAUCAGCAAUCACAGUACCGCCAAGCCAUCACUCUGUUAAAACAGAGUGAAUAUUCUCUCAAUGCGGAUAGACAGAAUAUGGAUACAAGAGAAAGGCUGAUCAAGAAGGAUCUUCAGAAUCUCUGUGCUGCUAAAAAGGACAACAUCCGCCGGUUUGGAGCCUACAUGCCAACACUAUUACAACACAUAGAGGAAAGAUGUCGUCGCAAUCAGUUCCAUCGCAGGCCGGUGGGGCCUAUAGGGUCAUGUUUCAAGUUGACAGACAUGGAGUGGGCGUUUGCGGUGGAACGAUGCCUUGGAAACCUUAUACAUGCAUUUUGUUGUCAUGACCACCACGAUGAAGCAAUUUUGGAGAAGAUCUUUGAUGAUGUUUGUCCUGAGAGACAUCGACCAUCCAUUAUUGUCUCUGCAUUUAAGGACAGAAGGCAUGACAUCAGCCGCGGACGUGUGACUGGGACUAAGUACAAGGCCGUGGUGGAUGUGCUGGAAAUGAAUGAUCCUGUCACUUUUAACUGUCUCAUUGAUCAGAGGGGAGUGGAAUGCAUUCUCCUCAUCAAAGACAACAGGAUUGCACGAGAUGUGAUGGACCCUGAUAAAAAGCCAGGGCCACCCAAAUACUCCAAAGAGGCAUUUACUGCUGAUGGAGAUCAACUGUACUGCCACCCAUCCCUCAGGUACUACUCCUCCAGGGGAGGACAUGCCCGCUUUCUCUCCACCAAUGUGGAGGAGGAAAUCUCCCGAUACCAGGAGGAGUUGCAUAUUCUGAAGAAAGAUAUUGGAAGCAUAGAACAGAAACGAGACAGCCUUAAUGAGGAAAUACGUACCAACAAAAUAGAGAGCAACAAAACAGAAACUCAGUUGACAAAGAUUGCUCAGAAAAUCAGAAUACUCAACGAUGAAAUCCAGGAUUUGAAAAGUAUAGAAGACCCAGAGCCUGUCGAUGUGGAAACACUGGAAGAAGAGGUACAGACCAUGAAUGAUCAAAUCAAAAUCCAUGAAGAACAGCUCAUGGUCAAAAGCAAUAUACAUAGUCAGGCCCAGCAAGAGCUUGAACUAUUAGAGAAAAAAUUUAAAGAGGUGGAAAAUCAGAUGAGGACAAUGGCAGAGGGAGCUGACCCUCUAAAGGAUGAAUUGGGACAUGCUCAAAAUGAAAUUGAGCAGUCAAAAUCACACAAAAAGCAUUAUGAGCAGAAAUUUAAGGAACAGGAACAUAAAAUUGCAGACCAGAAGAAAAAAGUAGAGAUGUUGGAGAAAGAAAUAGAGAAUGAUACAAUGAAGGCAGAGCAGAUUUGUCCACGUAAAGUCAAUAUGCGAAGGUCUGUGCAGAACUUAGAGAGCGAGAUUAAUCAAAUCACCAAACGCAUCAAAGUGGAGGAGAAGAGCCAUGGAAACCCCACCGAGAUAACUAAAACAUACUUUGAGAAGAAGAGUUCUUACAAAAAGAUCCGAGACGAGGUCAAACAAUUCAAAAGGUUCAUGGAUCGUUUAGAGAAGGUAAUGGUACAACGACAGCAACAGUACUCCGAAUUCAGGAAAUCUAUUGCCUUCAGAGCAAAGCAUUUCUUUAUAAUUUUGUUGAGCAAUCGCAAGUACAAUGGGAAGAUGACCUUCAACCACCCUAAAGAAACCUUGGAAAUCUCGGUACAACCAAACUCAACUAAUGGAGAUGGCGCCAAGGACAUGAGGUCUUUAUCCGGUGGAGAGCGAUCUUUCUCCACUGUCUGCUUCAUCCUUGCUCUCUGGGAUGCUAUGGAAUCACCCUUCCGAUGUCUUGAUGAGUUUGAUGUUUUUAUGGAUAUGGUGAACAGGCGUAUUUCCAUGGAUCUUAUGCUAAAGGUAGCUAAGCAACAGCUACAUCGACAAUUUAUAUUCAUGACACCACAGAACAUGAGUGAGCUGGGGAUCAAGGUGAAAGGAUUGAAUAUCUUUCGUAUGCCUGACCCUGACCGGGGACAGUCUGUGUUGCCAUUUGAACCGUUAUCUAGGCAACAGGAAGAGGAGGAUGAAAAUUGAUAGAAAGGAAAGACAACUCAACUAUAACAAUGACAAGGAUACUUAUUAACUGAGCUGUGUGGACAUUAAAAUAAACACUUCUGGAAUAGGCUGCAGUAGUUUCAGGAUUUGAAACAUACUACAUGUUGUUAACUUUAAUCAUGUAUGACUUUGAGAAAGUCUUAGUGCAGACACAAAUGUUUGCAUAUAUGAAUCUGUCUAGUAGAUAAGAAUUAUUCAAGUGUUGGAGAGAAUGUUCUUAGAUGUUUAUUCUAAGUGAGUAAGAAAAAAGAUCUACUUUUAUUUCAAUAGUUUGAUUCAGCCCCAUCCUUUUCCUAUUUGGUAAUUUACUCGAGCUCGAUAUCUUUCGAGCCAUCGUAAAUGUAGUGGUGUUGAUACAUACUUCUAUACCUGAAAGGUUUUUUUUCUUUUAUAGUAACAUCUUAACCAAUUAAAUGAAACUUUUUCUUUCCAACUUUUUGUUAUGAUGGGGGCUGUUUAUGAAGUUCAUUGUGUUUAAGUGAUAUAGGAAAUGUCUUUCAUUUCAGUACUUAAAUUUACUUCAAGAGCGAUGUUAUUCUGGUCGUCGGAAAUAUUUAUUUGUUGGUACAAAUAUUAGCACAUGAUUAAAUUUUCUUCUUCAAUAAUAAAAGAAAGAAUCCAUAAAGGUUUCUGCUUUUAUACCUGUUGUUUUUGUAAGGACUAUUACAAAAUAUCCAGUACAUUGGUUAUUUGUUUUAAAGAUGUCAUAAUCGUAAUUAAGUUUUAAAUCAGAUUUUACCACAAAGUACUCAUGACCAUCACAGCGAAGUGUUGAUGGUAUCAGAUUUUAGAUGCAAAAUUUCAGUUUUAUCACUUUUUGAAAGGUUCACAAACUGAUCAGUAGACACCAUGGAUGAUUAAUCGGUAAAGUACGACUAGAUUUCAAUUGUUAUUUGUUUAAAUUAAAAUCAUAAAGAUAACAUGAGCUCUGUUUUGCAUUUUGUGUA